GAUAUUCAUCUGGUGUAGUUUUCUCAUGGAUAUGUUCGUUUUCGGUCUCCCUGGAUCCUUUGGUGUCUUUCAGACAUAUUACCUCAACCAUCCUCCCUUCAACGCCGCGUCCGAAGCGACAAUCAAUUCCAUUGGGACAAUUGCUCUAGCCUUGGAGUGCGUAGCCCCCCUGCCUCAGAUAUGACUGAAAUCAAAUUUUGCCAAUCGUUGCAAGGUAUUUCACUGUACCAUUCUUCGUCCAUUUUUUCCAGCGACGUCCCAAAGUACUGCACCCCUCGAUGUGGGCUGGGACAUGCACUCUUUUUCUAUCGCUCUUUCUCUGCAGUUUUG